AUGGCGAUCAACUUUCCUUGAAACCCAGCUGUUUGCUAAUUAUUUUGUUUCGUUUUAUAAUUGUCGAUGACCAAAAUGGCCAAAUAUUUCAAAGAAACACUAGGAAAGCUGAGAGAGACAGCACUCGAGUCACUAGAAAGAAAUGAAGCCAAAAAUAGAACGGAUGAUGGAUCUGAAAGCACGUAUCAGUUCGUCUCGGCGCUUGUGAUCAACCUUUCGAUAUCCUUAGUUGCGCUCGGCCUUUUCUCGUUCCUACGGCCGAGACUCAAGCAGAUUUACUCUCCACGUCAGCUGCUUUUGGAUGUGAUGUUUCCUCUGGGUAAACUGCCUCAUUCGUUUUUCGCAUGGGUAAUUCCUGCCUUUAUGGCCAAUGACGAUGAUGUGUUCUAUUAUGCAGGGAUCGACGCGCUUGUUUAUAUCCGAUUUAUGCGCUUGUGCGUCAAAAUAUCCCUUGUGAUCAUGCCGUACGGUAUUGCAGUCCUUCUUCCGUUGAAUUAUUUCGGUGGAGAAGGCCUGCACGGCUUGGAAAGGGUUGCUUUAUCGAACAUAAAACAUGAGUCGUCCAAAGUCUGGGCACAUGUAGUACCGGCCUGGUUCUACACCUUUAUUAUUUGCUAUCUGCUGUACGAGGAAUGGAAAAUGUACAUCAUAUAUCGCCAGGAAUAUCUUAGCUGCGGAAAAGGCCAUCAAUAUGCAGUGUUAGUCAGGGAUCUACCAGUAAAGUUUCAAAAUGAACAAAGCAUGAAAAGCUAUCUUGAAGAACUUUUUCCUGACCAGAUUGAGGAUGUAAUAAUGAUUGAAGAUCUGAAGAAAUGGCAGGCAUUAAUAGAAAAACAUGACAGUCUCGUGUGGAAACUUGAACUCUCUAAAGCAAUUUACAACUUGACUGGACAAAGACCGACUCAUCGUUCGCAUCCCUGUGGUACUGAGUUUGACUCCAUCACCCAGCAUGAGAGGGACUUGACAAAAUUGCAGAGCAAACUCGAGGAUGAAAUGAACCAGGAGCACACCACACUUCCAUGUGCUUUCAUAAUCUUCCGAAGUUUGCGCGUGGCAACAACAGCGGUGCAAGUAGCAUGGGACAACUAUUCCUUAAACAUGAACAUAACUCCAGCACCUCAGAUUACAGAUGUCAUCUGGGGUAACCUUGGUGUUGGCCUUUGGCGAAGGAAAUUUUCCACAGGUCUAGUUUAUGCUGCCAUAUUUGCAUUGGUGUUUUUCUGGUCAUUGCCAGUUGGAUUUAUCUCAAGUUUAAUUUCCCUAGACAAUAUUGCAAAAGUAGCUCCGUGGCUGGAGGCAGUUUUGAGCUAUAGUAACUUUGUGAGGGGACUCAUUGAAGGAGUUCUAUCCAGUUUAACACUGUGGGUCUUCUUCGCUGUGUUGCCAUUAAUUCUGGAGAGGCUUGCCAAGCUGGAGGGCCUCGCUUCGCAAAGUGAAGUGGACAAAUCUGUACUGGGAAAACUCUUCAUUUUUGUGAUUGUCAAUCAAUUCCUUUUCCUGUCCGCCGGGACAGCCGUUCUCAGCCAAUUCAAAGAAAUACUAAGAAAACCAGAGGAAAUACCGCAAUACUUGGCUCUGUCGUUGCCGGCCCAGGCCACGUUUUUCAUCUGUUACAUCAUGUUGCGUGGUCUGACUGGGACGUCACUCGAGCUUCUGCGCAUUUUUUAUCUCAUCAUCAUCCCAAUUAAACGGAAGUGGUUUUGUCACACUCCAAGAGAAGACGAGGCGGCCUGGAGACCACCCCAUGCCAUGUAUGAUCGCUUGUACAAAGAUCACUUGUUUAUUCUGAUCGUGGGCAUCUCGUACUCAGUCCUCGCUCCUCUCAUAACUCCGUUUGUUGUCUUGUACUUCGGGUUUGGUUACAUUGCCUGGAUGCACCAGGUACUCUGUGUAUACAUCCCAGUGUAUAGCACUGGCGGGCGGAUGUGGCCAAUAGUUUUCAACAGGAUAAUCGCUGGGAUGAUCGUCUUCCAUCUGCUAAUGACGGGAGUGCUAAGCUUGAAGGAGUCUUUCAUUGCAGCGGGGUUUAUGCUUCCCCUUCCCGUUAUCACGAUCCUGUUUUUCUUAUUCAUCCAGCAGCAUUGUUUGAAACCUUCAAUGUACUUGUCUAUUAACAUGGCGUCGGGAUUGGCAGAAGCGAGUCCGCGUUUCUUACAGGAAGUUGCGCAGAGUUAUGUCAGAAACAACCGUCUGCCAUCGACGUACGGCCUUAGUUCGUCACCCAUGAAUGGCGGGGAUUAUGCUUACGAAAACGAAGAUAGAUCGACUGAGAUUACGCCAAGCCACUCCAUUGGUGGAAGUUGUAGGAGCGAAGAGCUUGUGUAGAAUGCUGGGAUAUCCUCUUGAGGAUCGGAAAUUUUCUUCACAUGACGUGAUAACAGAAUAGGGCAGCAAUACUAGUAAUAGGUUGGAGUUUUAGGAUUGUUAUUCAAUGUAAACAUAACUACCUUUUAAGGUGAAGUGUAACACUCCCAUGAACCUUUUAGUUGCGGUGUGGACAUAUUCAAACCAGUAAACUGUUAGAAAUUGUUAGUGUUUUAGACAUGUGGUAAGUUUAUUGUGGUAUUGUUAUUGUUAUUGUUUUUGUUAUUAUUAUUAUUAUUAUUAUUAUUAUUAUUAUUAUUAUUAUCAUUAUUACCGUUACAAUAAUGAUUUUCAUUACUAAUGUUUUUGUUAUCAUCCAUGGUGUGUCACACGCCAGGGAUUAAAGUGCAUGACACGAAAUUUUUUCUCUUGUUUCUUGUAGUUGGAUAUCUCUAGGAAACGUUUCGAAGCUUUAAAAGUGCUGGGAAAAUGUAAAAAGCAUUUUUUUUGCUUUCAAAAUACGAAAAAUUUGCUUUCAAAUUUGUCCCGGAGACUGGGACCUAGUUUAUCGCCGUCGAAGUUAUUUUCCUGUAAUCAAGUUAAAUGUCUUUGCGUGGGGCAUGGUUGCCCGAGCCAAAGGCUCAUAUAAUCGCAAGACAACACCCACCCAUCCCACCCCAGGGGAGGACAUCCAUCACACAGUAAUCUCGUGCGUGGCGAAAUUAACGUCUC